UAUGACCAAGCUACAGUAUAUUAAACAUACCACACCGCUUCAACUCUCUUCAUGCAGGCGCCAUUCCCAUAGCCAGCUAAACCAACAGGAUAUAUCCUCUACAAUGAUCAAGUCACCUCCGACCAGAGCACGCCUUCAUAGAAAUGCAUAGUGCAUUCAGCAACGGAGUGUGACUCCAGCGGGUCAUCCCGUGCAGCAAAUACCAGCACAGCAACAUAAGUAACGUGAUCUCCUAAAACGGAACUGGCCGGUUGCGAGGGUAAACAGGGUCCUUCAUUCACGCAUAAAUUCACCCUGUCCUCACUAUUUCUCUUUGCAAGCAAUCUCCACUUUGCGAAGUUCUGUUCAGUUCUUUGCCUUGUCUUCUAACCGACCCGGCUUUGGCUGACUGUCAUAUCUCUCUUUGCACCACAUCAUUUAAUCGGCUUGUAUCACGAGUGUGGCCAAGAUGAAGCUCCCUGAAACUGUUGUUAUCGCAUUCCUUGCUGCUGGCGUUGCUUCGCGCAAUGUUAGGUAAGUCCAACCCGCUGUAACCAGCGUUCUCUGUCCCAACUGACUGGAUGUCUCCCAAAGGCACCCGCAUCCGUGUCGCGGACUAGAAGGAGGAACAUACUGCACGGCAGUAGACUUCCUGAAAAAGUGUUCGGAAGACGGCAAAGUUGAGUUCAUUAAUUGUGCUGAACAGUAUGUGUCGCACACCCGAUGUAGUUAUAGGUGUCAUAUGCCUGGAGCAUGAUGCUGAUUCUUCAUCCAACAGGCUGGCGAACCUUGACUCGGCUGGCGCAAAGGUUGACGCAAGAUGUAAGGUCUCCUUAAGAGCGAGCUAAGAGCAUUUCAUUAAAGCUUGCGGAUUGAAACUGACAUUUCCCUCAACUUCUAGGCCAGGAAGUCAGCUCCAUGGAGGCCAAGUGUGUGCGUGGAAGUGCACCCGGUUCUUUCGACCAGCCAACCAAGCCGAAACCAAACGACACACAAGGAAGGUUGGGGGUAACAUUUAGGGAACUCCGCAAGAGAUUUGUCCCAAUAAGCUUCGAUCCCUUCCUUCCAUACUGGAACCACAGCCUGGCGACCGAGCCUGCGACCUCCGUUGCCGGCGAUAUCCUGGGCACAGAUCUUCCUGGUUUGGCCUCUAUCAGCAUGACCACGUCUCGUCCCCGCCCAACGGAACCACCAGCGAAUAGCUCAUUCAUCGAGACAGCCACGACUCUCGACGGACCCGAAACUAUCACUGUCACCGUGGUGGUGCCCGAGGCCAGUGUCACUGCCUCCAGCGAUACUCCCGUCAAUACUGCCACUGCUGCUCCCACCCGCUCCUCCGAAAAGCCUAACGAUUCUGCUCGCAAUAUGGAGAAUAAAAAAUGGGUUCUGGCCAAGGUGGUCGCUGCCGCCGCUUUAUUUGCAGCUGCUUGAAGUGUCUCCGAAGGCCGUGAUCUCCACUGUGAUGCGACACGACCAAAUUAAGCAACGGAACACACCAGGCUAGAAUUUUGGAGGAUAUUCCCAACGGAAGGGUUCUAUGGAUAUGAAAGGAAAUGGUGUUUUGUGAUAUUGAUCCUGUUCAUUCUUCAUGCUUUCAACAAAGUGUCCCCUGUAUUGAUUGAGCCUCCUUAAUGGGUAUUAGAAGCAAUGAGAAUGAGAACAUUUGGAUGUCUAAAUUGCAAGCAAUCAAUUUUCAACCGCAUGUAUAUACUUG